AAGAUGAGGUCAGGCCCAACACGGUUCCGGAGAACGUUCCGGAGAAGGUCUGGGAGGCCGAAGCUAUGUCGGAAGAUGUGCUGCAACGGGUCAACACAGUAUCCAGGGCUCAUCAAGGCCUGUACAAAGUGCCCGAGGGCGUUCCCGACACUGAGCACGGGGUGGGUGCCAUUACCGGUGCGCUGACUUCUUUUCCGACAGAGCACGUUUUCCAGGUGGUGGGCAAGACCUUCAGUGACACCGAGCGGGCGCAGUUCCUGUCACAGGUGGAGGAGGCUGUGCAAGCAAACACGGACAGUCAACUUGCUGCGGAGGCCCUGUCCGUUCAAAGUCGGAUGGGCGGUCGAUACACCUCAGUUCGUAUCCAACAGCGGGUGGACGCUGCUGAGCAGAUUGCGGCAGUGCUGACUGCGCUGAAACGCUUGCCGCAGGUAGUGAUGUGCUUCUGAAGGAUCCCACUUUGCCAAAUUUUCGGCACCACGUGAUCGAGAACAUAGGGGAUGUGCCCAAAGUCGCACAAGAAAUGAUUGGCCAAUCGUGGUUUGUGGCCAUUUACAGUUUG